AUGAGGUUUGUGGGUCAGAAAGAUGGUGAAGAUCAGGAUCCUAACAACGUGCAGGUGGAUGCUGGCCGUGGAAAGGGUCAGGGCAAAUCUGCUCCGGAUCCCAUUCGCAUAGGUGCAAUCCAGGCGACGACGUGCUCGCGCUGUGGUGCCCGAGGGCAUUCCGCCAGAGAGUGCUGGGCUGGAGGAGGCAAACAGUACGAUUUGGUCGAGGACCUCAACUGCCCUACCGCCUACCGCUCUUCACAAGAUCAUGAAAAACAAAUAGAAGCAACUGCUGGAUGCUCCGAACUUAUGGGAGGAUGCCCCCGAGCCUUCUGGCAAGGUUCGACCCUGCUAUGCCGAGAUGUCUUUUGGAGAGGUAGCCAUGGUAGACCCUAA